UUGGAUUUCUUUUCAGGCAGGUCAUAUUUGUGGUGAUCAACACGACCUGGUUGAUGGUUAUCCUACAGGAUCAGUAAGAAUAUCCUUCGGUUACAUGUCAACAUUUGAAGAUGCUGACAAGUUUCUGGAUAUGAUUGAAAGAUGCUUUGUAACUAAAAACAGUAUUAUAAAAGAUCUCGGUUUGAAAAUGUUAGAAGAAAAUUCAACAAAAAGUACUAAGAUUCUUUCUGGUACACUGGUGAACAUUUUUCUGUACCCAAUAAAGUCCUGUGGGGCUUACAGUCCCAAAACUUCAUGGCAAAUUACUUCGACAGGCUUAAAAUAUGACAGAACCUGGAUGAUAGUCAACUCAAACGGAAGUUGCGUCUCUCAGAAGCAAGUCAAGAGCAUGUGUCUUAUUAAACCUGUUUUAGACCUAGAAAAUAUGAAAUUAAGACUGAAAUUUGAAGGUGCUAAAGAAAUAUCAAUAUCUCUGGAAAUUGAGGAAAAUAGGACUGGAAAUAGUACUACGUUUUGUAAUAGUAAAGUGUGUGGUGACAAAAUCCAAGGGUACGAUUGUGGAGAUGAUGUAGCGGAAUGGUUAUCAGAGAAUUUAAAAAAACCAGGUCUAAGAUUAUUGAAACAGUGUGAUAGAAAUAAAAUAAUAUCCCGAAAAAAAUCGGAAAUAGAGGAUGAGCCACCUUUGUCCUUAGCCAAUAAGGCCCAAUAUCUCAUGAUAAACUCCGCCAGUAUUCGCUGGCUUAAAGACAAAAUCCACUCGGGAUCAGAUCAUAUCUCGUUUCGAUCGUUGGCCAAUAGAUUCAGGGCAAAUUUUCUGGUGGAUUUCGAUAAACCAUUCGUCGAGAAUGCUUUGGAUAGAGUCUUUUUUGGCGACGUUCCUUUUAAAUUUUCAGGUAAGUGUACCCGUUGCCAGAUGAUCUGCAUCGAUCAGGAUUCAGGAAAUAUAUCAAAAGAACCUUUACAAGUAUUAUCUGAUGAAUUCAAUGGCAACAUGUGUUUUGGUAUUUAUUUAAAUAACCAAAACUCCAAUGAAUCAAGGAUUAUUAGUAUUAAAAGUCGCGUUACAGGGCAAAUUAGUUAAUUUAAGUCUGUUUAGUUAAUUAUUUAUAGGUAUUUAAUAAAGAAAAUAAGGAACAUACAG